AUGCUCACACUAGCCCUGACACCGAUGCUGAUACAUGCCGAGACACUUUCCCAGGACAUGCGCAUCAAGCUUCAGCUUCUCGAAUUCAUCACUACAUGCAAUCAGAUUCAAUGCCAUAACGUAUCAGCAGACAAUCAAUCAUUACGGCGUGGAUUCGGGGAGCAGAAGGAAGGAUUCGCGGUCACAACUGAACGUCAAGUCUUCCCACCACACUUGAAACCCGAGGUCCAGAGACCUCACAUUUAUACGAACAACAACCGUACCCAACCAAGACUGGACAUCCCUCCUGCCAUGGUUUAUGCAUUCAUCUCUCUGUGCAUCGUCGCAAAUGACCAUGUGUCAGACACUAACUGGGCCGAUAUUGCAGCCCAGCUCAUGCUCAAGGCCGCGUCCGAGAAACAUGAAUCUUAUGGGAUCACAACGUCCGACACGUUUCAUGAAUUAAUAGAUCAAGUACCAGAGACUGUAAGAAAAACGCCUGAAUGGCAACAAGUGGCUGAUAAGUACGAAACGUACCUACAGCCACCGCUCGGGGUCCUCCCGUCCAGGCACCUGGAAACCACAUUGAAACAUCUGCAUACACAUCAACUCGGAACCAUCAUUAUCGAGUUCCUGCUCGAUCUCAUGAGACGCUUGAACCCCCCCCUUCUGUUACAGCUUGAGAGAGGGAAACUAUAUGGACUGAGCCGAGCGGAAACACAGAGGCUGAAAGCUAAGGUCGGACUGCGAUGA